AUGGGGUUGACCUAUAUUUAUCACAAAUCAAUUGCAAUUUUCCUCCGAGGUCUCGUUCGCCCUAGACUAGAUCUCCAUCCAAAUCCAGAUGAAACAAUCUUCAUCCCGUCACGGGACACGGGUCGAACUAUCAAGGCCCACGUCUACAGACCACCUCCAGAGAAACAGAAGCAUCCCAGUCCUGUCUUGAUUAACUUUUGUGGGAGCGGCUUCGUGCUUCGCACCUUUGGAUCUGACGAUGAAUUUUGCCGUUUCAUCGCGGACAACACCGACUAUACUGUGAUCGAUGUUCAAUAUCGUCUGGCACCCGAGAAUCCAUUCCCAGCGGCUUUCAAUGACGCUGAGGACGCUGUGACAUGGGUGCGAUCAGUGCCCGAACAAUUCGACAUAUCUUGCGUCUCACUGUCAGGAUUCAGCGCAGGUGCCAAUAUUGCCCUCGCAGUGUCAUGUUCAUCCUCACUCUUCAACUCGAAAGACGAUCCAGACGUCUUUCGCACGGUCAUGUCGUUUUAUGGUCCAGUUGACAUGGCUCUUCCAACACCACAAAAGCCUCUUAUAGAUCAAUCUAACUUCAUCAUGCGAAAAAUAUUUCCGCCUUUCUCCCAUUUGUGUCACAAAUGUCUCAAUUUUACAGGGGUAGACCCAAGGGAUCGUCGACUGUCACCAUUGUUCGCCGAGCCGAGCAGUUUCCCCGAUAAUGUCCUGAUUAUCACUGCUGCCCAGUGCGCCUUUGCUAUUGAAGCCGAGAAGCUGGCAGAGAAUAUCCGCAAUGUUGACGGCAAAUAUGUGAUCUGCGAGAGGAUGUAUGGUUGCGCUCAUGGAUGGGACAAGGAAGCUGUUCAAGGCACGCCACAGUUCGAGGCAAAAGACAAGGCAUAUGAAAUGGCAGCAAGUAUGCUACGGAAACGAGAAGGAGGAGUGGAAAAGCUUCAGGCGACUGUGGUGUGA